CAUCAAAAGAAUGCACUCCUGAAAGUAUCACACAUCUUACUCACGUGAGCGGUUCAAGUUUAUAUCAUCGGCACCGCAUCUACGAUCGUAUUCCAUUGAAUUCCAUUCGUUUAACCGCCCCGUUAAAAUAUCGAGCGCCGGUAAAAUCAGUGCAACUCGUGAUUUAAGUGCCAUUCGUUACCAAUUUUUUUUUGAAAAAUGUCCGUUGAAACCGUUGAAGGAACUGAGUACGACCAAAUUGUUCUCAAUGGUCCCAAAAAGGUUGCUAUGGCGACAAGUUUAGAUGCCGAUGCAAUCAGAGAAGCAUACGCAGACGUACGAUCGGACACCUCAGAAACGCAAUGGGCUGUGUUCAAAUUUGAUGGACAACGAAUUGUGUGCUUUGCCAAAGGUGAUGAGUUCGACAAGUUUAAAGAACAUUUUGGUGAGAACGAGCGCGCAUUUGGGUACAUUCGCGUGCAGACUGGAGAUGAAAUGUCUAAAAGGCAAAAGUUCCUUUUCGUGACAUGGGUUGGUCCAUCCGUUAGCGUUAUACAGAGAGCGAAAAUGUCAACAGAUAAGUCUAUGAUUAAGGAUAUUAUUAAGAAUUUUGCAGUAGAACUUCAACUAGAAGCUUUGUCAGAGUGUGACCUGUCGUAUUUUAAAGAAGCUUUAAAUAAGGCGGGCGGUGCUAAUUAUGGUACCGGCGUUCGUGAUCUCUAACUUUUAUUAUAAAAAUUGAAAGUAUAACCGUUAGUUUAACUGUGAAAAUUACAAUAAUAAAUCGAAAAACAAAUUCCUCUGUUUGACUGCUGGCCUGGUUUGACAAAAAUAUCCAUAUUCAGUUUUGCCAAAAAUGACGUGCCUCAUGUCCGUUCUGAAUUCGUUUUAUCUUUUUCAUG